AUGUCGGCGUCCCAGGUGACGGCGGGCGGAAUUGCGCCGAGCUACGGCUACUUUAAGUUCACGCCGGAUAGGAUCUCGGUGACUCCCCCGCUGGUCGGUCGACCCGACAUACUCACCUGGAAGGAGGCCAUCGAGCCCCAGCUGGAGAUGGCCGGGCUGAUCAGCUUCGCUCGAGGUACCGUGGCGACGCCGAGCGACCCCGACUUGCGAGCUGAGUUCCGCGCUGUGCAGCUGUUGACCUUCACGGUCAUCUCACGGUGCUGCUCGCCGGGUAUGCAAAUCGCCUUGAAGUGGUGCCGGGAGUACCUCGACGCCGGCCACCAGGCGUGGCACUUCAUUGAGUCGACCUACCAGGUCACCGACGACUUGUUCAUCGCCCAACUGGAGGGGCAGCUGACACACCUGCGUAUGGGCGACCAGGAGACGGCGACCGACUACUGCAACCGGGCCCGGCGGAUUCUCGCCACCAUCAGGAUGGCCGGUGCGGAGUACUCGACGGCGUCGUACAUCACCCAUGUCAUGCAGGGACUUCCGAGCAGCUACAACCUGCUGAAGCGGCUGUCGAUGGCGCCGAGCACGCGGGCGACGCUCAACGAGGACACGUUGACCUCGUACAUCCUGCAGGACGAGGCGAUGCAGGAGGCCGAGCGGUCCCAAGAGCUCUUGGCGCAGGUGAACUACGUCGCCCCGGCGAAGCAAGGCGGUCGACCGGGGCAGCGCGGACAGUCCGGCGGCAGUGGUAGCAGUGGCUCGAAGUCAACCAAGGAGGUCGACAAGAAGAAGUCGACCAAGGACAGUCGAGGAGGAGGAGGUCGACGUCGGGAGUGCUGGAUCUGUCACAGCCCCGACCAUCUCUCCUUUGAGUGCCCCGACCGCAGUGACUCCGACGACGACGACGACAAGGGAGGCCGUGGGAGAUCUGGAAGUCGUCGUCCACGUCGUGGAGGAAAGGAGAAGCCGCGCAAGGAGAAGCAGUCGACCACGUCGACCACGGCGAAGGACGCCGACUCCUCUGCUAGCGGCAAGGGGAGCAACGACAAGUCGGCGUCGUGCUCGCUGGUCGGGGUCGUGGAGCCGACCGUCUCGCUGGCACCGGAGGCCGGAGAGGACUUCCAGGCAUUGGCGGCAGUCGUGCAGGCGAACCCGGCGGUCGUCCUGCUGGACAGCGGCUGCUCACACCACCUGAUGGGGACAAAGGACGCCUUCGUCGACCUGGGGCCGAGCGGCGACUUGAAGCACGUGCGUGGCUUCAAUGGGGCGCUGCAAGACGUCCAGGGCCGGGGCACGGUCGCCUUGCAAGGCGAGGCCGGGAAGCAGGUUCUCAUCCCCGACGUGCUGUACGUCCCGGGUGUGCGGGCCAACCUGUUGUCGUCCGGCCAGCUGAAGGAGCAUGGCGUGAAGUUUCGGGAGGACGGCGACGGGAUGCUGCUUGUCUCGGCAGCAGGAGAGGUGCUUGGUCGGGCGACGUACUCCGGGCGAGUCCUCUGCACCGACCUGCGUCCCUGCUCAAUGAGGUCGCCGUCACCUACGCCGGAGGUUCUGGCCCUGCGGGCGAUCGUCUCUAAGACGAAGUCGACGCCGAGCAGGAUGCAUGCUCGGCUUGCGCACGUCGGCAUGGACACCAUCCGGAGCUCGGCGAAGCACGAGGUCGCCACUGGGCUGGACCUCAAGUCGGCGACGGGCGCCGACUCACCGUGUGUCUCGUGCGUCGGCGGGAAGCUGGCGCGGCACACCUUCCCCGACCAAGGCUCCGACGCCGACGACGUGCUAGCCGUCGUCCACAUCGACUUGUGCGGGCCAUUCCGGGUGGCUGCCAAGGAUGGCAGCCUGUACUUCUUGCUGCUGAAGGACCAAGUGGCUGGUGCUGGUGGAGCGGCAGACGAAGAAGUCGGUGUUGCAGCUACGCUCUGA